UCGCUGCCUCCCAUAUAGCACCCCCCCAAUCCCAAGCUCUCUCGCCUUCUUUCUUCGUCGGGCGCGAGAAAGGGGGGGCUAUCUACACGCGAACACCGCUGCGUCGUUUAGGGACCGUGUCCUCGAGUCGAACUGUCAAAGCGAAGGAUUUCUCUCGGUUGAAACCGCGGCACCGGGUUACGGUGGAGACGAACGCCGGCGGGAGUCGCCUUAAUGUUGUUGUUGAUGUUGUUAUCGAGACGUUCGCCUCUGCUCGCCGAGCGGCGCCACCGCAGAUAUCACCUCUCAACUACUCUCUGCUCGAUCGUCGAGCUGAGAGUCGUUUACGCAGCAGCAGCAGCAGUAAAUAGUCAAUAGUCGUACUCAUGAAUUGACGAGGACGGCAGACGGCACGCGCGCGCGCGCGUCGGUGCCGCUCACGCGCGAUCUGCAGGGCGAGCGAGGCGGGCGGUGGACGCGGAGCGGCAAGGAGUGGAGAGGAGACGGCGCGAGGCGAUCGCGGACGCGUGGCAGGGCGAGACCAUGGAGGUGUUCAAAAUUCAGCCCAUGGACGAUGACUCCGCGGUCCACCUCGGCGGCAACAACAACAACAACAAGAACGCCAGCCAGGGCUGCGUGGACACCGCGGUGUGGCUGGCCGAGAGGGUCGGCCUCAAUCUCUCGGUGACCAAUGCGAGCUCCACCCAGCAACCGCUCUCCGCCAUGCCCAUCAUCAUCACGACCGUCUACUCUAUCGUGUGCGUGCUCGGCGUGUCCGGCAACCUGCUCGUGAUGUUCGUCAUCCUCCGGUACACCAAGAUGAAGACCGCUACCAACAUCUACAUCUUCAACCUGGCGCUGGCAGACGCCCUCGCCACCAGCACCAUGCCCUUCCAGAGCACCAACUACAUGCUGGACACGUGGCCCUUCGGUCAGAUCCUGUGCAAGCUCGUCAUCUCCAUCGACUACUACAACAUGUUCACCAGCAUCCUGACGCUCACCAUGAUGAGCGUGGACCGCUACAUCGCCGUGUGCCACCCGGUCAGGGCCCUGGACUUCCGCACGCCACGCAACGCCAAGCUCAUCAACGUGUGCAUCUGGCUGCUCUCCUCCACCGUGGGGCUGCCGGUCAUCAUCAUGGCGGGCACGCAGUACAACAAGAAAGGCGACCUCGACUGCGUCGUGCAGUUCCCGCGCCCGCACUGGUACUGGGACAACCUGCUGAAGAUCUGCGUGUUCGUCUUCGCCUACAUCGUGCCCGUGUGCAUCAUCACCGUAUGCUACGGCCUCAUGAUCCUGCGCCUGCGCAGCGUGCGGAUGCUGUCAGGCUCCAAGGAGAAGGACCGCAACCUGCGCCGCAUCACGCGCAUGGUGCUCAUCGUCGUGGCCGUCUUCAUCGUGUGCUGGACGCCCAUCCACAUCUACGUGAUCCUGCGGGCGCUCGUGUCCAUCGCGGACUCGCCGACGGUGCUCGCCAGCUGGCACUUCUGCAUCGCGCUCGGCUACGCCAACAGCUGCCUCAACCCCGUGCUCUACGCCUUCCUCGAUGAGAACUUCAAGCGCUGCUUCCGCGAGUUCUGCUCCGUGCCGCCGCUGUGCAAGCUCAAGAUCGGCACCACGACGCGCGUCAUGAGCCUGGCUCGCCGCCAGCCGCCGUCCCCGCAGGAGGAGCAGAGCACGGCGCAGACCUGACUAGUCGUGGAGCUGUCCCCCCUGCCGGCAGGGCCGGCGCGGCCGAGGCCCGGCGUCUCCGGCCCCGGCGCCGUGCCCUCGAGUGCCAGCGGCGGCGGUGGUGGUGGUGGUGGUGGUGGGGCUGCCCGGAGCGCGCAGGGGCAGCGUCACUCCGCUUGCGUGCUCUAACGUGGCGCGCUUUCAUUGCUUUUAGUUGUGCUAUGGCCGUCAGAACGUGAGAUCAAGAAACCGUUCAGACCUCUCGUGGAGCGGCGAGACCCUCCGUGUUUGGAAAUGGCCCCGCGGAAGCAGAUAUCACGGAAAUGUAUCUGAGAUCCGUUCGAGCUGACCUCUGCCUCACGCGUUAGAGAGUUGGCACUUUCGCGACUGUAGCGAUCGUCGCGUGACAGGAAGAUAUUUUUUUCUUUUUUCUGAAAGAACCAAAUUUUUGUGGUAUCAAAAUUUAGUGUGCAAAUUUUCAGUGACCCGGCUGAGACCAUCAACUCACUAGAACAUUGAGAACCCGGUUUAUUGACGGGCGUCCGCAAACCUGGAUUUGAACCUAUAAUUUAAUCGGGUACCAGCUCAGCCGCUCUCACCUAAGAGCCAUUCCAUCAGCCACGUAUGGAUUUUUUUUUACAAACAGCACAUGAGGCUGUGCCGAAGGGUCGCGGUCACGCUAUUUACAAAAUUACGAGGGACAAAGGUGGAGAUUGCGGCGAUUGCUUUAAAAUCAGAGGCGGCUAGUGGGGUCGUGCGAUUGGGAAUUGCGGAGAGGUUAAAGGUCGGGGGGAUUGCAAGGGAGCAUAGAGCUGGAGGAGGAGGAGGAGGACACGAAGCAGAGCUGCACAAUAUAUUCCUCCUUUUCCCAUCAGGCAAACAACGUAAUUAAUCAAAGUCUCAAACGCGGCUCCAUGACUGACGAUGCACUUCAAGAAUCGAAACAUCCCUUCGCAUAUUAAUCCGCAAAUACUUCACCCCCCCCCCCUCCUUUCAAACGACAGUCGUGAGCUCUUCGAAAUCUCCCACGAUCGAUAGCGGUGAUGCUUCUCUCAAAGACACCGACUCAAAUGCCGCUUCAGUUCAACGUCAAAUCCGCGCACCGACCGCAUCGGAACUGCCCCCCUCCGCCGUCUCCCGUGACAAGCGACGAGCGAAGAACCUUCAAGAGUUGUAAGUAAGCAAAACUCUAGUUUUACACAUAUAGCGCCAUUCACACAGGCCUCACAGCGCUUUACAAUACAAUCCCAGUAAAAAGAAAAACGACUUUUAGCGUUAAAACUGAGAGAAAAACAACACCCCACCCAAGACGGAUACGCAAGCGAAAAUUGACGUCUUUUCAGACGCGCCCGAAAAACCUCGACUGACGGAGCGUCCCCAACGGACUGGGGUCAAGGAGCUCCACAAACGAGUCGAAGCGCACAAGUGGCUGCGACGGCUUGGGCGUCACGUCUGACGCGGUUGUGCCUGUGUUCCUGUCGUGCUUGUGACACAGGCCGGUCGCUCUGCAGCGAGCGAGGAAUGACCACGUGCGACGGGGUCGCCAUCCACCGCCGCACGGCCGAAAACGGCGGUGGUGGUGGCGGCGGUAAGGCGGUCAGGUGGACUGCCGUGGCCGCGGGCGACACGAAAUCAAUGCACGGCCGCUUUGCUUGGGCCCCGGCGAUGUCCUGCCGAGUUUACAAAGCAGCUUGAAAAACAUGGGACAGUUACCACGGCACCCCCAUCUCGCCCCUCGGCCGCGAUCGCGAAGAUUUGACAGGGGGCACAUAGCGGCCGCUUAUCUGGAUCGCGCACAUUUUUCGUUCUAGGCCUCCGAAUAAGAAACAAAUAUAGAGCGGCAAUAUGAUUGGGACGCUUUGUCAACAACGAGCGCGAUCGAAGUGCCGACACGGCCACUGCGAGCGCACUGAGUGAGCACCGCCGACGACGUUGAUGCCGACGAUGAUGAUGAUGACGACGACGACGAUGAUGCCGACGACGAUGAUGAUGACGACGACGACGAUGAUGACGACGACGAUGAUGAUGACGACGAUGA